AUGUAUUGGCUCUGGGAUAUCCUCAACGUCCGCAAUGCCCAAUUUCGAUCACCAGAUGCCCUCAAUUCCCUCAUCGGUUUCGUUUCUGGAUUGGGUUUACUGCCUUUUCUACUGCUCUUGUCCGGCAGUAACCCUUCAGUCCUGAUCGUUUUUUGCUACUCUCUCGGCUAUUCGUGUUUGGUUCUUCCAUUGAUCAAUAUUGCUUUUGUGUCUCAUGACCGCUCUUCACAGAAAUGUGGGGGAUUCGAAAAUUCAUCACGUGCUUUCUUCCUAGGACUGGUUUUUGCUCUAGCCGUUCUUCUUUCACUUAUUUCCAUACACUCGGACCACCCAAAACGGCUUUGGGCAUUCAGUUGCUACAUCUGUCUUCUUAGCUUUUUCCAUUGGUCAGAAUUUUACGUCACUGCUGUUUAUAAUUAUGCCAACUGCGGUGUUGAUAUUUAUAUGCUAACUCAUAGUCCAGAGUAUGUGAUGGCGGUCAUCGCUUGUGCACUGGAGUAUUGGAUUGAGACAUUGUGCGUGCCAACAAUGCUCCCUAACUAUUAUUAUCCUUUCCCACUUAUUGUCAACAUUUUCGGUUUGCUUCUUUGCUUUGGUGGUGAGGCUGUGCGCAAGUUUGCCAUGAUAACCACAGCCCAAAAUUUCAAUCAUUAUGUGGAAACCGAACGUCGAAAUGAGCACCAAUUGGUUACAAGUGGUGUUUACUCAUACUUUAGGCAUCCCGCUUACGUGGGUUGGUUGUAUUGGACUAUUGGGACCCAAGUCUUACUUGGAAAUCCAAUUUGUUUGAUUGGUUUCACUGUUGUAGGAUAUAGAUUUUUGUAUGGACGCAUUCUACACGAAGAGCGACAUUUAUUAUACUUCUUUGGUCACGCUUAUUCACAAUACCAAGAAAAAGUGGGUACGGGAAUUCCAUUUAUUAAAGGAUACCGAAUCAAUGGAUAA